UCGCAGCUACCUGCAGCUGCUUGGAGGCUGAAGCCAGAGAGGAUUGCUCUUCUGGAGAAGCUGUGUCUUCGUAUCUCAGGUGUCGCCGAGAGCUCAGCGUCAAGGCUGAACCGUACCAUUUAGAAGAAUGGAAGCGAACGCAUCUGUUGACAUGUUUUCAAAAGUCCUAGAGAAUCAGUUGCUUCAAACCACCAAACUAGUGGAAGAACAUUUGGAUUCGGAAAUUCAGAAACUAGAUCAGAUGGAUGAGGAUGAAUUGGAACGCCUCAAAGAAAAGAGACUCGAGGCUCUGAAGAAAGCUCAACAGCAGAAACAAGAAUGGCUUUCAAAAGGACAUGGGGAAUACAGAGAAAUCCCUAGUGAAAGAGAUUUUUUUCAAGAAGUCAAGGAGAGUAAAAAAGUGGUUUGCCAUUUCUACAGAGACUCCACAUUCAGGUGUAAAAUACUAGACAGACAUUUGGUGAUAUUGUCCAAGAAACAUCUUGAGACCAAAUUUUUGAAACUGAAUGUGGAAAAAGCACCUUUCCUUUGUGAGAGACUGCGUAUCAAAGUCAUCCCCACACUAGCACUGGUGAAAGAUGGAAAAACACAGGAUUUUGUUGUUGGAUUUUCUGACCUAGGAAAUACAGAUGACUUCACCACAGAAACCUUGGAGUGGAGGCUGGGUUGUGCUGAUAUUCUUAAUUACAGUGGAAAUUUAAUGGAGCCACCAUUUCAGAGCCAAAAGAAAUUUGGAACAAACUUCACAAAGCUGGAAAAGAAAACUAUUCGAGGAAAGAAAUAUGAUUCAGACUCUGAUGAUGAUUAGAAAUCAGUUAUAAUUCUUUGUAAAUUGUCUUUUUAUUUCUCCUUACUUCACAAUUAGAUGUGUUUUCUAAACUC